UUCAGUUGAGAGGCGUAGCUGAAACUGGUUUGUCUUGUAUGUGGGAGAGUAUUCCUUCUGUUCCUGUCACGACUAUGUUUUUCAGGUGUUUUAUGAGUGCCUAACAAGGUCACAAAUGGCUGAAGUAAUACCCGUCGGCUCCCCCUUGCUCUUGCCAUCCGUCAUGAACGCCAUCUUCCAGGCUCCGGAGGACUCAGGCACCGCCGCUGCUAGCCCUCCCGCGGACCCUCAGAGCGGGGAGGACUACUUGUUUCUGGAAACCACUCAUCCCAACACAGUCCUACGGGGCCUGAACAGCAUGCGGCUUAACAAAGCCUUCUGUGAUGUGACUCUGUGCUGUGGAGGACAGGAGUUCCCUUGCCAUCGCAUUGUACUUGCAUCCUUUAGCUCCUACUUCCAGGCAAUGUUUUCAGCUGACUUGCUGGAGUCCAAGCAGGAACGUGUUGCCAUUAACGGAGUUGAGCCCCAGAUGAUUGGCAAGCUGGUGACCUAUGCCUACACAUCUCAGAUCUUCAUCACUAAAGCAAACGUACAAGCGCUUCUGGCAGCGGCCAAUUUAUUGGACGUGAUGGCUGUUCGAGAGGCUUGCUGUCACUUUAUGGAGCGUCAGAUGGACGAGACAAACUGUGUGGGAAUUCACUGCUUUGCCGAGGCCCAUUCCUGUAAGUUGCUGGAGAAACGUAGUAUGGAGUACAUUCUGGAGAACUUCAGCACUGUUUAUCAACAGGAAGAGUUUUUAUCUCUCUGUGUGGACAAACUUACAGAAAUCAUCUCUAGCGACCUUCUCGAUGUUCCUAAAGAGGAGAUGGUGUUUGAGGCCGUCAUGUUGUGGUUGAAUAAAUGUCCUUCUCGCAAGCAGGGGUUUGAAAAGGUGCUCGAGCACAUCCGCCUGCCUCUCAUCAGCCCUUACUACCUCCAUGACCUAAUUGAGUCUUUAGAUGUCGUAAAAGAGAACCAGGCUUGUCAGAAGCUCAUUUCUGAGGCCAAGGACUACCUGCUGCUGAAGGAUCGCCGAGGAGAGCUCUACAGCUCCCGAGCAAGGCCACGUAGAUCCACAGGUACAGGAACUGUUGCGGUAAUAGUAACUGUUGGCGGGGAAGACGACAAGGUGGUGCUGCGCAGUGUCGAGAGUUUUGAUCCCACGACCAACAUUUGGAAGAACCUAGCAUGCCUUCCUUUCGCAGUCAGCAAACAUGGGCUUGUUGUCUCAGACUCAACUCUGUAUUUGGCAGGGGGAGAGUUUCCUGAUGGCUCAGCAAGCAGAGAGAUGUGGCGUUAUGACCCCUGCUUCGACUCCUGGAUGGAGAUGGCUCCCAUGAAUGUAGCUCGUUCCGAGUUGGGUCUGGUCAUGCUGGAUGGCUUUGUUUAUGCCGUCGGCGGAUGGGAGGGCCGAGGUCGUCUGGACUCGGUGGAGUGCUACAAUCCCCACACAAACUCCUGGCAGUUCACGCCGUCAGUAAAAAUGGCCGUUACCAGUCCUGCAGUGGUAGCCCUGGAUGGUCUGCUAUAUGUUACUGGUGGUGCAGUUCUUGAGGAUGGAGACGGCACUGACCUUGCCCAAGUUUACAACCCAAAAACCACAGUGUGGACUGAGGUCGCUCCAAUGCAGAUUGCACGCUCGGGUUCAGCUGCUUGUACGCUCAAAGGGAAGCUAUACGUUAUAGGUGGAUGGCAUGCCUCUACAGAGAACACAGAUAAAGUCGAGUGUUUUAACCCAAAGACCAACCAGUGGACUAUGUGCGCUCCAAUGAAGGAACGCCGCUACCGGCCAGGGGCGGCUGUAGUGGACGGAAAGAUUUAUGUCUUAGGAGGCGAAGAGGGUUGGGACAGAUAUCAUGACACUAUUGAGCGGUACUGUGAAGAAACUGAUACUUGGGAGAUUGUUGGGGAGAUGCCUACCAGUCGCAGCUGGCUCAGCUGUGCAUCUCUCCAGCUGAGGAAGAAUGUCCACAUAUGCAGCCGUCCUGGUACACCAAGCGAAAAUUAAAUCAGGACAAUGAAGGGAGACCCUGCUGUGGUUUUUAAUCUUUUGCACACUGAAUGUCAGCAGUGUCCCAUCAUGCUUGAAAGGUGUUGAGGCUUCUCAACCAAGAAGCCUGAAGGACUUGGCAAAACAGUGAAUUUUCAUGUGGGAUCUAGACAAAAAUGCCUUUUGGAGUUAGCCUUGGACACUUGGGUUACUCCAGGAUACUUUCAUACAGGAUCUCAAGUUACUGCGACCCACAGUCUAGUCUGCAGUUGGAACUCGUGCUCUGUUCAAUGUUGAUGUGUUUAAGGAACCCUUGUUAUGUCUGGGCACCUCAUACUGAAGAUGUUCCUGCCCAACAUAGUGUAUUUUUCUAUUGUAAUGUAUUUUGGAGAUUACCAGUCUAAAGAUGGUUGACUUCUGUGGGAUCUAUUAUAUUGUGAAUAUUUUUAAAGCUUGCCUGUGGGAGAAAAAAUAACCUGUGAGCAGUCUUUUGAAAUUGAACUUUGUACUUUUAAAUGAUUGUCUUUUUAACCUGUGAUGUGUAGAAUAUAUUUUUGUAAUGUUGUGAGUCCUUCAUGUUGGUGAAUUUAUGUAGAGUUCAUUUACAGUAAAUAAAUAGCUUUAUUAUAAA